AUGACCGACCAGCGCGUCGCCCUCCACGUGUACGACCUGUCCCGCGGCCUCGCGCGGCAGAUGUCGGCGUCGCUCCUGGGCAUGCACAUUGACGGCGUGUGGCACACGGGCGUGUGCGUCUAUGGCCUCGAGUACUUUUACGGCGGCGGUAUCCAAGCGGUGCCACCGGCGCAGGUCGCCGAGACGUAUGGCACACCGUACCAAGUCGUCGAGCUGGGCACGACGCAGGUAGACCAAGCGGACUUUACGUCGUUUCUCCAAGAGAUCCAGUCGCGCUUCACGGCGGCAACGUACAACUUGCUCUCGAACAACUGCAACAACUUUUCCAACGAAGUCGCCAACUUUCUCGUGGGCAGCAACAUCCCACAGCACAUCUUGGACCUGCCGCAGCAGGUGCUCUCGACGCCCAUGGGCGCCAUGUUUCGGCCCAUGUUUGAAGACAUGCAAGGACGCAUGGCCGAGAGCAUCCAGUCGCACCACAACCCGUCGCCCAUCGCAGCCCCGGUGUCCCGUACGGCGCUGCCUCCGACAAAGACCUUGGCGAGCUACGCGCAGACGUACAUCUCAUGUCUGCCAGAGCUGCAUGUCGAGCGCAUCGCGGGCCGCCUCGACGCUCUCAAGGCGCUGUCGCCGGACGAGACGAGCGCCAUCCAGCGCCUCAUGCACUUUGCAACGUCCAAAGACACGACGCAACUCGUUCCGAGUGAUUCCGCUUUCUGGUGGUCGCUUGUCGCGAAUGCGUUCGGUGCUCAAACGCCCGCGGCCACGUUCACGGCGCUCUGCCUCCUUCGCAUCGUGCUGCUAGCCGAUAUUCGAUCGCCCGGCGUCGUCGUCGAUACAAUGCUGAUGUCGCCGGUCAUCGACCAGCUCCUCCAGCAGACGCAAACCACACUGGACGGGCCCCACCGCAUCUUGCUGCUCUCUGUCCUCCUCAAUGGACUCGAGGCGCCCGCGAGCAAGGCGCAAUUCGCCGAGCACCUCGGCGUGUGGCUCGCGUUUGUCUGGGGCACGUGGCAGGGCCCUGCGACCAGCCACAGCCAGGCCGAGAUGGCAGCCUGCUUCGUGCUCAACGUGUGUCGGGACAUUCGCCCGUCCACUGCCGACUACGACAUGAUCCAGUUUGCGCUCGUCGGCGGCUGCGCCGAGGUCCUCGACGUGCACGCAAGCCAGGGCGCUCUCGAGACGACUGCGACUAUCGUCGAACGCAUUGUCGCGGGGCUGGGGCUCCUCCUGCAAAAGGACGUGGGCGCGCGGAGCCUCGCGGCUGAAGUCGGCCUCGUGCAUGUGCUCACGCGACUCCGGCCAAAGACGACGGCGCUCGACUUCCACAGCGUCCUCGGCGAAGUGCUGGCGUUGAUUUAAGCGGAAGAGAAUAGAACCUAGCUGCACUGUCCAUGGCCGUGUGGACCGCACCAUA